CGCGAUGUCUCAGCUGACGAGCACGCCUUUCUUUUGCAACUAGCGGGAUAAGGAGACGGGGAGAAGAAAAAGAGAGAGCAGAGUUGGGCAAGAGCGCGCCUGACUGAGCCCGGCCAGCUACACUGCUGGGAGUGCUGGAGCAUCCCAGCCCAGAUGGGAUCUCAGCAGCGCGUGGACGGAGGAGCUGCUUGCAAGCUGCUCAUUUUCUUCACUGCAUGCAUCUUGCAAGCUACCUGCCAAGAGUGUGACAGUGGGCAAUUUCGUUGUGGGAAUGGCCGCUGUAUUCCUGCAGACUGGAGAUGUGACGGAGCAAGGGACUGUUCAGAUGACACAGAUGAAGCUGGCUGUCCACAUCCCAGCUGUGAAGGAACUCACUUUCAGUGUCACAGUGAUGGCGAAUGCAUCCCUCAGUCAUGGGUAUGUGAUGAUGAAGAAGACUGUGAAGAUGGCUCUGAUGAACAUCAACAGUGUCCCGGGCGAACAUGCUCCAGUCAGCAGUUUACAUGUUCAAAUGGACAGUGCAUCCCAGGACUGUACAGGUGUGAUCGAGUGAAAGACUGCACAGAUGGAACAGAUGAAAGAGGCUGCCAGUACCCAACGUGUGAUCAGCUUUCAUGUUCCAACGGAGCAUGUUUUAAUGCAAGCCAACACUGUGAUGGCAAUGUGGACUGCAGAGAUGCCUCUGAUGAAGCCAACUGUACUCGUGGAUGCUCCAGUAUGCAGUUUCAGUGUGGAAAUGGAGAAUGUAUCCCUCGAGCCUUUGUUUGUGACCAUGAUGAUGACUGUGGAGACAGGAGCGAUGAAAACUCUUGUACAUAUGCAACUUGUAAAGGGAAUUUCUACACUUGCCCAAGUGGUCGCUGUAUUCAUCAGAGCUGGAUAUGUGAUGGAGAUGAUGACUGUGAAGAUAAUGAAGAUGAAAUAGGAUGUGAGAGUGGUCAUCGAGAGUGCUACCCUGGUGAAUGGGCCUGCCCCCUCUCAGGACAAUGCAUUCCAAUUGGUAAAGUCUGUGAUGGAACUCCAGACUGCCCAGCUAGAGAAGAUGAAACAAACAUAACCGCAGGCAGACACUGCAACAUGUCUCGCUGUGCGGCCUUGAGUUGCCAGUACCGCUGUCACUCUUCCCCCUCUGGAGGAGCAUGCUAUUGUCCUGCAGGGUAUAUAAUCAGCAGCAAUGACAGCCGCACCUGCAUUGACUUUGAUGAUUGCACGAUGUGGGGCGUUUGUGACCAAGUGUGUGAAGACCGUGUUGGUCACCAUCAGUGUCGCUGUGCAGAAGGUUAUGUCCUGGAGCAUCACCGCCAUUGCCGAGCCAAUACCUCAUCUGGAGUGGCCUCAGUUAUUUUUUCUAAUGGUCGCGAUUUGCUGAUUGGAGAUGUUCAUGGAAGGAGUUUUCAGACUCUAGUACAAUCCCGGAACCGUGGAGUGGCUGUCGGCGUGGACUUUCAUUUUCAGCUGCGUAGGAUAUUUUGGACAGAUACGGUGCAAGAUAAAGUUUUUUCAGUUGAUAUUGAUGGCUCAGGUAUCCAUGAAGUUUUAAAUGUUUCAGUUGAUGCACCUGAAAACCUUGCUGUGGACUGGAUUAACAACAAGCUAUAUAUAGUGGAAACCAGUGUCAACAGAAUUGAUAUGGUAAAUUUGGAUGGAACUAAUCGUGUAACUCUUAUUGCUGAAAGUUUGGGAAACCCUAGAGGAAUAGCUGUUGAUCCUACUGUUGGUUAUUUAUUUUUCUCAGAUUGGGAUAGUCUCUCUGGUGAUCCUAAAGUGGAAAGAGCCUUCAUGGAUGGAACAAACCGCCUAGAUUUGGUUAAAACAAAAUUAGGCUGGCCUGCUGGGAUAACUUUGGAUAUUGUGUUGAAGAGACUUUACUGGGUGGAUAGCCGAUUUGAUUACAUUGAAACUGUAACUUACGAUGGUCUACUGAGGAGAACAGUAGCUCAUGGAGGCUCGUUAAUUCCACAUCCUUAUGGAAUAAGCCUUUUUGAACACAGUGUAUAUUUUACUGACUGGACAAAGAUGGCGGUGAUGAAAGUGAAUAAAUUUGCGGAUUCUAACCCACAAGUUAUUUAUCAGUCUUCCUUGCGUCCGUACGGAGUGACAGUUUAUCAUGCUCUCAGGCAGCCAUAUGUAAGAAACCCUUGCGGUGGUAAUAAUGGAUGUGAGCAGAUCUGUGUCCUCAGUCACAAAACAGAUAAUGAUGGUCUUGGCUAUCGUUGCAAAUGCACAUUGGGCUUUGACUUGCACACUGAUGGACGACAUUGUAUUGCUGUACAACAGUUUCUGCUCUUCUCAUCCCAGCUAGCUGUGCGCGGAAUCCCAUUCAAUCUUUCCAGCCAGGAAGAUGUGAUCAUUCCUGUGACAGGGACCCCUUCCUAUUUUGUUGGGAUUGACUUCUAUGCCCAGGAGGACACCAUCUUCUAUUCAGAUACCAUUAAGGACAUAAUUUAUAAACAAAAAACUGAUGGGACAGGCAGGGAAAUCCUUGUAGCCAACAGAGUGGAAGCAGUUGAAGACUUGGCUUUUGAUUGGAUCUCCAAGAAUAUCUAUUGGACAGACCCUCCAUAUAGGAGCAUUACUGUCAUGAGGCUGGCAGAUAAAUCAAGACGAGCUAUUGUUCAGAAUUUGAAUAAUCCUCGUUCAAUAGUGGUUCAUCCUGUUAUUGGAUACAUAUUUUGGACAGACUGGUUCCGUCCUGCUAAGAUCAUGAGAGCUUGGAGUGAUGGAUCACAUGCCUUACCAAUUGUGAACACAACACUUGGCUGGCCUAACGGCUUAGCUAUUGAUUGGAGUUCCUUAAGACUUUACUGGGUAGAUGCCUUCUUUGAUAAAAUUGAGCACAGUACCUUUGAUGGAUUAGACAGGAAGUCGCUUGAACGCAUUAAUCAGAUGACACAUCCAUUUGGUCUCACUAUCUUUGGAGGUUAUGCAUACUUUACUGAUUGGAGGCUUGGUGGAAUAGUUCGGGUUCGAAAGUCUGAUGGAGGAGAAAUGACUAUUAUUAGGAGGGGAAUCAAUAAUAUCAUGCAUGUGAAAGCAUAUAAUGCUCAUUCUCAAAUAGGCACUAACUACUGUAAUAGAGCAACAAAUCCCAAUGGAGACUGCAGUCACUUCUGCUUCCCAGUACCUAAUUUUCAGAGGGUUUGUGGCUGCCCCUAUGGAAUGAAGCUGAGUUCUAAUCAGCUGACUUGUGUUGAAGAUCCAUCCAAUGAGCCACCCACUUUACAGUGUGGUUCAUAUUCCUUUUCUUGUGGCAAUGGAAGGUGUGUACCCAGGUACUAUCGAUGUGAUGGUGUGGAUGAUUGCCAUGAUAACAGUGAUGAACAGAACUGUGGGUCCUUAAACAAUUCCUGUGCCGCAUCGGCCUUUACCUGUAGAAGCGGCCAAUGCAUUCCUAGCCGGUGGCGGUGUGAUAAGCAUAAUGACUGUCUUGAUGGUAGUGAUGAAUUUCAGUGUCCCACACAGGGCCCUACCUCAUGCCUUGCUGCCUUGUUCACCUGUGAUAACAGCAAGUGUGUUCCCAGAAUUUGGCUAUGUGAUACAGACAACGACUGUGGUGAUGGAUCAGAUGAAAAAAACUGCACUUUCACGGAGACAUGUGAACCUGGUCAGUUCCAGUGUCCUGAUCACAGGUGCAUUGAUCCAAUUUAUGUGUGUGAUGGUGACAGGGAUUGUAUAGAUGGAGCAGAUGAACAUGAUUGCAUCUACAACUGUAGUUCCAACGAAUUUAAAUGUGCAAGUGGAGACCAGUGUAUCAACAAUUAUUAUCAAUGUGAUGGUGUCUUUGACUGCAAUGAUCACUCAGAUGAGGCUGGUUGUCCUACAAGGCCACCUGGGAUGUGCCAUCAGAAUGAAUUCCAGUGUCAGUCAGAUGGUAACUGUAUCCCUGCCAACUGGGAAUGUGAUGGACACCCUGACUGUGUGGAUGGCUCAGAUGAGCAUCACAGAUGUCCACCAAGGACCUGCCCUCCUUCUCUUUUCCACUGUGAUAAUGGAAACUGCAUCUAUCGUGCUUGGAUCUGUGAUGGUGACAAUGACUGCAGGGAUAUGAGUGAUGAGAGAGACUGUCCCACUCAACCUUUCCGGUGUCUCAGCUGGCAGUGGCAAUGUCCGGGCCACAGCAUAUGUGUAAACCUGAGCAAAGUAUGUGACAAUCUUGCAGAUUGCCCUAAUGGAGCUGAUGAAUCACCCCUGUGCAAUGAGCCUCAGCCAGACCAGGAGAGCUGUUCAGAUAAUAAUGCAGGCUGCACACAUGAAUGCAUUCAAGGCCCCUUUGGAGCUCAGUGUUCUUGUCCCUUUGGAUACCAGCUCACCAAUGACUCCAAAACCUGUGAAGAUAUUAAUGAAUGUGACCCUCCAGGGCUUUGCAGUCAACACUGCCACAAUGAAAGAGGAUCUUCUAGGUGUUACUGUGAUGAAGGUUAUGUGUUAGAGCCCAACGGGAAGAGUUGCAAAGUUGCAGAAUUUGGGAAUCUUCUCUUGCUGGUGGCAAGCCGUAACCAAAUUGUUGUUAACAACAUAACUUCUCAUGCCCAGCACAUUUAUUCUUUGGUUCGAGAUGGAAGGAACAUUGUUGCAGUUGAUUUUGAUUCAGUUACAAAUCGAAUCUUUUGGUCAGAUACCACACAGGAUAAGAUUUGGAGUGCAUAUCAGAAUGGGACAAAUAGAAAAGUAGUGUUUGACAGUGGUGUUACUGUAACAGAAAGCAUCGCAGUGGACUGGGUAGGCCGCAAUCUUUACUGGACAGACUUUGUUCUUGAAACAAUCGAGGUCUCCAGACUUGAUGGGAGCCACAGGACCAUGCUGAUCACUGAGAAUGUAACAAACCCAAGAGGACUAGUGUUAGAUCCCAGAACAGAUGCCCACGUGAUGUUCUGGACAGACUGGGGUCGGAAUCCUCGAAUCGAAAGAGCAAGCAUGGAUGGCACAUUACGAACCACAAUAAUCAGUAAUAAGAUCUAUUGGCCCAAUGGACUUUCCAUUGACUACCCAAACAAGCUGCUGUAUUUUGCAGAUGCUUAUCUUGACUACAUUGAUUUCUGUGAUUAUAAUGGAAACAACAGGCAGCAGGUGGUGGCAAGUGACUUGGUAUUGCAGCAUCCUCAUGCACUCACUCUCUUUGAAGAUUUUGUAUACUGGACUGACCGAUACACUCACCGAGUAAUUCGAGCCAACAAGUGGCAUGGAAGAAAUCAAACAGUUAUGAAUUAUAAUAUUCACCAGCCUCUGGGCAUUGUUGCAGUACAUCCUGUGAAACAGCCUGCUGGUAUCAAUUUUUGCAGCUCAUCCCCCUGUAGCCACCUGUGUUUGCUCUCUUCAUCGGGACCACGGUUUUAUUCUUGUGCCUGCCCUUCUGGAUGGACUCUCUCCCCUGAUAAUGUACACUGCAUGAGAGUUGAAGAUCCAUUCCUUAUAGCUGUAAGAGAUCACAUAAUUUAUGGUAUUUCUCUGAACCCCGAGGAGAAGAGCAAUGACGCCAUGGUUCCAAUAGCAGGAAUGCAGAAUGGAUAUGAUGUUGACUUUGAUGACACAGAACAGAUGAUUUACUGGGUUGAAAAUCCAGGUGAAAUUCAUAGAGUGAAGUCAGAUGGUACAAACAGGACAACAUUUGCUCCAGCAGCUAUUGUUGGUUCCCCUAUGGGCCUGGCUUUAGACUGGAUAUCUGGAAACCUGUAUUACAAUAACCCUGGCACGCAAUCCAUUGAGGUACUGAAGCUCCACAGUGAAGUAAUCUAUCGAAAAACACUAAUAACCAAUGAUGGUACUUCUACAGGAUCUGGAAAACCAGUGGGUAUAACUGUUGAUCCCAUUCGAGGGAAGCUGUAUUGGACAGACCAAGGAACUGACAGCGGGGUCCCAGCAAAGAUUGCCAGUGCAAACAUGGAUGGCUCAGAUAUCAAAACCCUCUUCACUGGUAAUCUAGACCAUGUAGAGUUUAUCACCAUUGAUAUCAAGGAACAAAAGCUGUACUGGCCAGUCACAAGCACUGGAGUGAUUGAACGAGGGAAUGUGGAUGGCAGUAAUCGGAUAACCUUGGUGGUUCACCUCUCUCACCCGUGGGGAGUGGCUGUCUAUGGUGCUUUCCUGUACUAUACUGACCGGGAUUAUGAGGUCAUCGAGAGGGUUGACAAGUCCACUGGAGCAAACAAAGUGGUGUUAAGAGACAACAUUUCAGGACUGAAAUGCCUCCGAGUGUAUUUUCGAGACAAUUCUGCUGGUUCCUCAAAUGGCUGCAGUAACAACAUUGGGAUUUGUCAGCAGCUGUGCCUGCCUGUGCCUGGUGGGCUCUUCUCUUGUGCCUGUGCUACUGGCUUUCAGUUAAACCCUGAUAAUAGGACCUGCUCCCCAUACAGUUCCUUUGUCAUUGUUUCUAUGUUGUCUGCAAUUAAAGGAUUUAGCUUGGAGAUGUCUGACCAUUCUGAAGCAAUGGUCCCUAUGGCAGGAAGAGGGAGAAAUGCGCUACAUGUGGAUGUCCACAUGCCUUCUGGUUUCAUUUACUGGUGUGACUUCAGCAGCAGAAUUCCAUCUCAGAAUGCAAUACGCAAAAUCAAACCAGAUGGCUCUUAUUUUAGAAAUGUCAUCACAGAUGGCAUAGGACUUAAUGGAAUCCGUGGUAUUGCAAUUGAUUGGGUAGCAGGAAAUCUCUAUUUUACCAAUGCAUUCCUGACAGAAACAUUUAUAGAAGUUCUGCGUUUAAAUACUACUUAUCGCCGUGUAUUGCUUAAAACCACUGUGGAUAUGCCAAGGCAUAUUGUAGUGGACCCCAAAAACAGAUACCUCUUUUGGGCAGACUAUGGACAAAACCCCAAAAUAGAACGUGCAUUUCUUGACUGCACUAAUAGGACUGUGCUGGUAUCUGAAGGCAUUGUCACUCCACGUGGUUUAGCUGUAGAUCACACCAAUGGAAACAUUUAUUGGGUGGACGAUUCUUUAGACAUGAUUGCAAGAAUUUCACAUGAUGGUGGAGAGCCUGAAAUAGUCCGCUAUGGCAGCCGUUACCCAACUCCAUAUGGCAUUACUAUUUUUCAAAAUUCUAUGAUUUGGGUGGAUAGAAACUUGAAAAAAAUCUUCCAAGCCAGUAAAGAGCCAGGAAAUACUGAACCACCAACAGUUAUAAGAGAUAACAUCAAUUGGCUGAGGGAUGUUACUGUUUACAACAGUCAUUAUCAGUCAUUGUCAUCUGCUGAUGUCAACAAUAAUCCAUGCCUAGAGAACAAUGGAGGCUGUUCUCAUUUGUGUUUUGCACUUCCUGAUCUGCCUGCACCAAAAUGUGGAUGUGCAUUUGGAUUCCUAGAAAAUGAUGGCAAGAGGUGUUCCAUUUCAACGGAUAACUACCUGAUCUUUGCCUUGGAGAAUGCCCUUAGCAGCAUUCAUCUGGACCCUGAGAAUCAUAGCCCUCCAUUUCGUACAAUGAAUGUAUUAAGAACUGCAGUUGCUCUGGACUAUGACAGCAUGAACAAUGUAAUCUUUUUCACUCAAAGUUCUCCAGCAGGCACAGGAAGAAUCAGUUAUGUUAGUAUCUACUCGGGAACUGGUAUCCCCACUGUAGUGGCAUCAGAUUUGGGAACUCCAGAUGGCAUAGCCUUUGAUUGGAUCAACAAGAGGGUUUAUUACAGUGACUAUCUAAAUCAGACUAUCAAUUCAAUGGCUGUGAAUGGAUCUAAUCGCUCUGUGGUGGCCCGUGUUCCACGACCAAGGGCCAUCAUCUUGGAUCCUUGCCGAGGGUUUAUGUACUGGACUGAUUGGAGCUCCAGUGCUAAGAUAGAACGAGCAACACUAGGAGGGAACUUCAGGACCGCCAUUAUAAGCACCAACUUGGUAUGGCCAAAUGGACUUACACUUGACUAUGAGGAACAGCAGCUUUACUGGGCUGAUGCAAGUUUACAGAGGAUUGAGCGCAGCUCCAUUACAGGUUCAGAUCGUGAAGUUAUUAUUAGCACUGCACUAUAUCCAUUUGCGAUGACCCUUUUUGAUCAGCACAUUUACUGGACCGACUGGAAUACCCAAAGUAUUUACCGAGCCAACAAAUAUGAUGGGUCAGAUCAGAUUGUUAUGCUCUCGAAUCUGCCAUACAGACCAAUGGAUAUUCAUGUUUGGGCCAAAAGCAAGCAACAGCAGUGCACCAAUCCUUGUAACCAGUUUAAUGGCGGUUGUAGUCACAUCUGUGUAUCAGGUCCAACAGGUGCAGAGUGUCAGUGCCCUUCUGAUGGACACUGGUAUUUAGCCAAUAACAACAAACAUUGUAUUGUGGACAAUGGCACCAGGUGUGGAGGAGGAAUCUUCACCUGUCUUAAUGGGCAGUGCAUCUCAGAGCGCUGGAAGUGUGACAACGAUAAUGACUGUGGGGAUAGCAGUGAUGAGCUGGAAAGUGUAUGUGCUUUUCAUACCUGUCAGCCAACAGCUUUCACCUGUGGCAAUGGGCGGUGUGUACGCUACGCUUAUCGCUGUGAUCACUACAAUGACUGUGGAGACAACAGUGACGAGGUGGGCUGCUUGUUCCAAACUUGUGACUCCCACACAGAAUUUACUUGCAAUAAUGGAAGGUGUAUAUCUCUUGAAUACGUCUGCAAUGGUGUAAACAACUGUUAUGAUAAUGGCACCUCAGAUGAGAGAAAUUGCCCUGAACGUACUUGUCAAUCUGGUUAUACAAAAUGUCAGGGCACAAACAUAUGCAUUCCUCGAACAUACCUUUGUGAUGGGGAUAAUGACUGUGGUGACAUGAGUGAUGAGAGCCCUACUCACUGUGUUUCGCUGACUUGCAGCAAUAGUGAAUUUCGUUGCUCAUCUGGCCGUUGCAUUCCUGCUCAUUGGUACUGUGAUCAGGCAAUAGAUUGCACCGACGGCUCAGAUGAGCCUGUCUCUUGUGUUCCCCCUGUGCGGAGCUGUUCAAGUGACCAGUUCAGAUGUGAUGAUGGCAGAUGUAUACCAGCAACAUGGAUCUGUGAUGGUGAUAAUGACUGUGGUGAUAUGAGCGAUGAGGACCAAAGACACAAUUGCGCAAAUCGUAGCUGCUCAGCCUCUGAGUUCACAUGUGUGAACAAUGUACCUCCACUCAGAAGGUGUAUCCCUAGGGCUUGGGUCUGUGAUGGGGAUGCUGACUGCAGUGAUGCUUAUGAUGAACAUCAAAAUUGCACGAGAAGACCAUGCAUGGACAAUGAAUUCACAUGUAGCAAUGGACUAUGCAUCCGUAACACUUACAGGUGUGACCGACGUAAUGACUGUGGUGACAGCAGUGAUGAGAGGGGUUGCAUCUAUCAGCCCUGCCCACAAUAUCAGUUUACCUGUCAAAAUGGCCGCUGCAUCUCAAAAGCCUAUAUAUGUGAUGGAGACAAUGACUGUGGUGAUGAAUCAGAUGAACUGGAGCACCUCUGUGUUACACCAGAAGCAACUUGUUCUCCCCAUUAUUUUAAGUGUGACAAUGGGAACUGCAUUGAAUUGGUCAAAGUCUGUAACCGGGCGGAUGACUGCCUUGAUAAUAGCGAUGAAAAAGGAUGUGGCAUCAAUGAAUGUAACAACACUUCAGUCAGUGGCUGUGACCAUGACUGCACGGACACCCAGACCAGUUUCUACUGCUCAUGUCGUCCUGGAUAUAGACUCAUGUCCAAUAAAAGAUCUUGUGAUGACAUUGAUGAGUGCAGUGUGACACCAUCAGUGUGUAGUCAGAUUUGUGAAAAUACUGUUGGCUCCUACAUCUGUAAGUGUGCAUCAGGCUACAUCCGGGAGCCCGAUGGGAAAAGCUGCCGGCAAAACAGUAACAUCUCACCCUACCUUAUCUUUAGCAACCGCUACUAUCUGAGAAAUCUCACUACAGAUGGCCAGUCGUACUCUCUUAUUUUGCAAGGACUCAGGAAAGUGGUGGCACUGGACUUUGACAGGGUGGAAAAAAGGUUGUACUGGAUUGAUGUCGGCCGGAAGGUCAUUGAAAGAAUGUUUUUCAAUGGAACAAACAAGGAGAUAAUAAUUAAUGAUGGUGUGCCCAAUGGGGAAGGUAUUGCUGUUGACUGGGUUGGCAGAAAACUGUACUGGGUAGAUGCCUCUAGGGACUGCCUCUAUGUUGCUGAGCUUGAUGGCCGGUUCAGAAAAAAGCUAGUUGAUCGGUGUGUGGAUCCCAACAACACCUUCUGUUUUCAGUUCCCUAGAGCUAUUGUUGUUCACCCACAGUAUGGACAGGUCUAUUGGACAGAUUGGGCAGAGCGAGCAUAUAUUGGACGCGCUGGAAUGGAUGGCAAGAACAAGACUGUGAUUAUCUCUGCUAAGUUAGAGUGGCCUAAUGGACUCACCAUAGAUUACACCAACGACAAGCUCUACUGGGCAGACGCCCAUCUAAACUACAUUGAGUAUUCAGACUUAGAUGGCCAACACCGUCACACAGUAUAUGAUGGGACAUUGCCUCAUCCAUUUGCAAUUACAAUAUUUGAGGACACCAUCUACUGGACUGACUGGAACACAAGAACCAUUGAAAAAGGAAAUAAGUACAAUGGAUCAGGCAGGGCUGUGUUGGUAAACACCACUCACAGGCCCUUUGAUAUCCAUGUCUAUCACCCAUACAGGCAGCCAAUUGUAAGUAAUCCUUGUGGGACCAGCAACGGUGGAUGUUCUCAUCUGUGCCUAAUAAAAAGUGGUGGCCACGGUUAUUCCUGUGAAUGUCCAGAUAACUUUAUGGUAGUACAGUUUGGUAACACAGCUCACUGCCUACCAAUGUGUUCCAGCACUCAGUUUCUGUGUGCAGACAGUGAAAGGUGUAUUCCCAUAUGGUGGAAGUGUGAUGGUCAGAGAGAUUGUCGGGAUGGCUCUGAUGAACCUCCCACAUGCCCUCACAGGUACUGCCAAGUCGGGAAGUUCCAGUGCAAUGAUGGCAACUGUACUAGUUCCCAUUACUUGUGUAAUGCCCAGCCUGACUGCCCUGAUGGAUCUGAUGAAGAUCAUGUGCUUUGUGCCAAUCACCAAUGUGAAUCUCAUCAGUGGCAAUGCACUAACAAGCGAUGCAUCCCAGAAACCUGGCAGUGUGACCGAGAGGAUGACUGUGGUGAUAGCUCAGAUGAGGAUGCUUCUCAUUGUGCAAGUAGGACCUGCCCUCCAGGCCAAUUUAAAUGCGACAAUGGCCAUUGCAUCCCCCAGUCCUGGAAAUGUGAUGUGGAUGAUGACUGUGGUGAUAACUCAGAUGAGCCGAUUCAUGAAUGCAUGGGUCCUGCCUAUCGAUGUGAUAACCACACAGAAUUCAGCUGUAGAACCAAUUAUCGUUGUGUCCCAUUCUGGGCUGUAUGCAACGGUCGCAAUGAUUGCAGAGACAACAGCGAUGAACAAGGCUGUGAGGAGAUGACUUGCGAUCCUUUGGGAGAUUUCCGCUGUGAUAAUCAUCGUUGUAUCCCACUGCGAUGGAAGUGUGAUGGGGAUAAUGACUGUGGAGAUGACUCUGAUGAACAAAACUGCAGUCCCCGUGAGUGCACAGAAAGUGAAUAUCGGUGUGAGAACCUGCGUUGCAUUCCUUCUCGGUGGAUCUGUGACCAUGACAACGACUGUGAAGACAAUUCAGAUGAACGGGACUGUGAACUAAGGACUUGCCACCCAGGUUAUUUCCAGUGCAACAGUGGGCACUGUGUUACAGAACGGUUCCGAUGUGAUGGAAGUGCAGAUUGUCUGGAUUUCUCUGAUGAAGCAACUUGCCCCACCCGCUAUCCUAAUGGUACUUACUGUCCACGCACAAUGUUUGAGUGCAAGAACCAUGUCUGUAUUCAGCUGUACUGGAAAUGUGAUGGUGACGAUGACUGUGGAGACAGCUCGGAUGAAGAACUUAACUUAUGCUUGGAUAUUGCUUGCGAGCCACCGUUCCGCUUCCGUUGUGGGAAUAACCGCUGCAUCUACAGCCAUGAGCUGUGCAACAAAGUGGAUGACUGUGGAGAUGGAAGUGAUGAGAAAGAAGAGCACUGUAGAGAACCCACUCCUAAACCUUGCACUACUGAAGAAUUCAAGUGUGGCAAUGGAAACUGCAUCCCACUACACUAUGUAUGUGAUAAUUAUGACGAUUGUGGAGACCACUUUGAUGAAUUAGGCUGCAAUUCUGGAACAGGUAGAACUUGUGCUGAAAAUAUCUGUGAACACAACUGUACCAACUUAAGUGAAGGAGGCUUUAUAUGUACCUGCAGACCUGGAUACAGCCCCAGUGAACUGAACAGAAAUACCUGUGAUGACAUCGAUGAGUGUGAGAUCUUUGGAACUUGCCCCCAAAUUUGUAAGAAUUCCAAAGGAAGUUACGAAUGUUUCUGUGCAGAGGGAUUUAGAUCCGUUGGGGAUUGGCAGGGAAACCAAUGUGCAGCCAAUGGUAACCCGCCAAUUUUACUCCUGCCUGACAAUGUCCGCAUUCGAAAGUAUAAUAUGUCAUCUGAGCAGUACUCUGACUAUAUUGACAAUGAGGAGCACAUCCAAGCCAUAGACUAUCAUUGGGACCCUGAGGGGAUCGGCCUCAGUGUCAUAUAUUACAGCAUUCUGGGGCGCGGUUCAGAGUUUGGUUCCAUCAAACGCGCCUACAUUCCCACAUUUGAAAGCAGUGGAAAUAAUCCUGUGAAAGAAGUUGACUUAAAUCUGAGAUACCUGGUCAGUCCUGUUGGGUUAGCUGUGGACUGGGUUGGGAGGCACCUAUAUUGGACUGAUACUGGGACAAAUCGAAUAGAGGUGGCAAAGCUUGAUGGGAGGUACCGCAAGUGGCUUAUCUACUCUUUGCUUGAUGAACCAGCAGCUAUUGCUGUCAACCCCAAACUUGGGCUGAUGUAUUGGACUGACUGGGGAAGACAACCAAAAAUUGAAAGUGCGUGGAUGGAUGGACAGCAGAGACAAACGUUGGUCUUUCAGGACCUUGGCUGGCCAAGUGGCCUUUCAGUUGAUUAUUUGAACAAUGACAGAAUCUACUGGAGUGAUAUGAAGGAAAACGUAAUUGAAUCUAUGAAAUUUGAUGGAACAGAUAGGAAGACUGUUUUGCAUGGAGUUAGCAGCCCAUACAGCCUUGAUGUGUUCGAAGGUCACCUAUACUGGAUAUCUAAGGAAAGAGGGGAAGUCUGGAAAGAAGAGAAAUUUGGGAAAGGAGAGAAAGUCAAAGUGCUGACUAUAAACCCUUGGCUUACUCAGGUUCGCAUCUAUCACCAACAUAGAUGCAAUCAGUCAGUGUCCAAUCCAUGCAAAGAUGUCUGCAGCCACCUCUGCUUGUUGAGACCUGGAGGAUACACGUGUGCUUGCCCACAGGGAGCUCGUUUUGUAGAAGGCAGCGCCACAGAGUGUGAUGCAGCCAUUGAAUCACCUCCUACGAUGCCACCAGCCUGUAGGUGUAUGUAUGGAGGAACAUGCUAUAUUGAUGAAAGUGAGCUUCCUAAAUGCAAAUGUCCAUAUGGCUACACUGGGAAUUACUGUGAAGCAGGAUUGUUAAAGGGUGUGCCUUCUGGGACAACAGCAGUGGCCGUGUUGCUGACUGUCAUUCUGAUCAUAGUCGUUGGAGCUCUGGCCGUGGGUGGCUUUUUUAAUUACAGACGGACAGGCUCUCUCUUACCUUCACUUCCCAAACUUCCAAGGUAGGUAUUGCAAGGAACAACGAUUGAUCCAAGCCUCAGAAAACACCAGUUAGUUACAACUGUGUUCCCUUUUAAAUCUAAAUAUUUCAAAACAACAAGAGAUCUCAAGGUAUUAUU